AAAUAUCUUUAAAAAGAAAAGAUACAAAUUUCGGAAAAAAGGAAAAAGCUUUAAAAUUUUGUUAGAAAAAAGAAUUCAUCAGUUUCCGGCGGAAAGGACUGCUCUGUGCCUCCACAGAAGAGGGAAAAAUCCCCAGGCCCCUAUUUCAAGCUCCGCCUCUUUUGAAUUGAUUGAUCAUAUUUCAUUGUUUUAGCCAAGAAAUGAUGGCCGCAACGAUCCCAACUCACUUCAAUCCCAAGUCCUAUCUCCAACACCCUCCACGAAGCACCCACAUAGAAGUUACUACAACAGUUAGACCCAUAACAAGAAAACAUUCAGUCGCUUCUUAUAGUACUACCCAUUUUCAUAAUACUAGCAACAAUGCUAAUUUCAAGCUCAAAUCAUACUCUUUCCGUCGAGUGCUUGCAAGGGUCUGCAGUGAUGGUGGUGCCACUCCACAACAAGAUAGAAAAAUUGAGGAAAGAAACCAUAGCUCAUCUUCAUCUAGUUUUGGCGACAGUUAUGUGGCCUUGUUUGUUCGGAUGCUUGGGUUAGACAAUGAUCCACUUGAUAGAGAACAGGCAAUAGUGGCGCUAUGGAAAUAUUCGCUGGGAGGAAAGAAGUACAUUGAUAACAUCAUGCAGUUUCAGGGAUGCAUCAAUCUCACCAUAAAUCUUCUCAAUUCAGAGACCAAUUCUACACUUGAAGCAGCUGCUGGCCUUCUACGAUCAAUAUCUUCAAUUAAUCUAUACAGAGAUGUGGUAGCAGAAUCUGGAGCAAUAGAAGAGAUAACUGGUUUGCUAAGUCAACCUUGCUUGACAUCUGAGGUAAAGGAACAAAGUAUAUGUACUUUGUGGAACUUGUCUGUAGAUGAGAAUUUCAGAGUGAAGAUUGCAAACAAUGAUAUCUUGCCAUUGCUCAUUAAGUCCCUGGAGGAUGAGGACAUAAAAGUGAAGGAAGCAGCAGGAGGUGUUCUGGCAAAUUUGGCAUUGACUCACUCUAACCAUAGCAGUAUGGUUGAAGCAGGUGUUAUUCCUAAGUUGGCAGAGUUCUUAAAAGCUGAUAUUGAAGAUGAGUACAAGGUCAUUAGGAAGGAAGCAAGAAAUGCCCUUGUGGAACUUGCUAAGAAUGAAUAUUAUAGAAUCCUUGUCAUAGAGGAAGGUCUGGUUCCUGUCCCACUGAUUGGUGCUGCUGCUUAUAGGUCAUUUACUCCUGCAUUGCAUUCAUGGCCUAGUUUACCUGAUGGUACAAUGAUUGAACGUACCUCUAGGGGCCCUUCCAGGUUCGGUGCUUCUGAGUUGCUUCUUGGAUUAAAUUUUGAUGGCAAGGAUGCAAAUAUGGAGCAAGCAAAGGUGAAAGCAAUAAUUGGACGGUCUAAGCAACAAUUUCUUGCACGUUCUGGGGCUAUAGAAGUGGAAGAUGCAAAAUCAUCUCAAAAUGAAAUAUCUACUAAUUGUCAAUUUACACUUUUGCCUUGGAUGGAUGGUGUGGCUAGAUUAGUUCUAAUACUUGAACUUGAAGAUGAGUUGGCCUUAUCCAGAGCUGCAAAUUCAAUUGCUGAUGCAUCUAUUAAUGAACAUAUGAGAAAUUCAUUCAAGGAAGCUGGAGCAAUCAAACAUUUAGUUCGGCUUUUAGAUCAUAAGAGUAAUGCUAUCAGACUUGCUGUUAUUGGCGCUUUGGAGAGAUUGUCUGCCAGCAAUGGUGUCUGCCAAACAAUUGAAGCUGAAGGUGUUAUGUCUUCAUUGAUUAACAUCUUAAAGAACUCAGAGACCUCUGAAAUUAUGAUGGAAAAGGCCUUGAAUUUACUAGAUCGAAUCUUAGACCCUAGCAAUGAAAUGAAAUCAAUGUUUUAUAAUGGACCAGUAAAUGGAUCUAAAAGGGAGUCAGAUUCAGCAAUAGACAUGGAUGCUUCCACUGGAUUAACUACAAAAAAUGAUGAAAUGCCAAUGUCUAUAAUAAAUACGAGACAAGAUGUGCUGGAUGCCUUCAUCAUAGUUCGCCUUGUUGAGAUGCUGAAGCACUCGUCCUCAAAUUUGAAAAGAAAAGCGGCUUCUAUCCUUGAGUUUUUGGCAAUUAUUGAUGGAAGCAUGGACAUGAUCAUCUCAGCAAAUAUUGAAUCUGGUCUGGAUGCUGUUUUCCAACAAAAAGUAUUGAGUGAAAUAGAUUUUGAUAUUGAAAAUCAGCAGCCAGAAGUAUAUGCCCUUCAAGUUGAAGAAGCCGGUCUUGCAGUAUCUGCAGCAUCUCGGUUACUCACAAAGCUUCUUGAUUCAGAUCAAUUUUGUUGCACCAUAAAUUCCACCCAUUUCACAAAAUUGCUGCGUAAAAUCCUGAAGUCAAACAUCCCUUUUCAUUACAAGGAUUGGGUUGCUGCUUGCCUAGUGAAACUCAGCUCUACUAAUGGUCCUAGCCUAGAAUUUGAUAACCCAAUCAACACGGAAGUGACUCUUUACGAGACCAUCCCAAGAUUAAUAGAGCAGAUUAAAUCCACUCUCUCUCCUGAAGUGCAGGAAGCUGCAGUAGUAGAACUCAACAGAAUAAUUUCAGAGGGGGUGGUAGAUGCUACUAGAGCCGUUUCUUCUGCCGGGGGAAUAUUUCCAUUGGUGGAGCUAAUAGAAGGAGGAAGUGAGAGGGCUAUUGAAGCGGCAAUGUCAGUCCUCUAUAAUCUGAGCAUGGACAGUGAAAAUCAUUCAGCAAUUAUAGCUGCUGGAGCAGUUUCAGCUCUGAGGAAGAUUAUUCUAUCCCAGAGGCCGCAAUGGAAGCGAGCAUUGCAUUUGCUGAGGGCUUUGCCUACAUGAUGAGAUGAUAUGCUGAUUGUGUAUGAUGCAUAUAAACUCAUCAGUUUUGACUCCUUUUGUACAAUCACUUGAGUUCAUGCAUCCAUACAAGUUACAUUCGGGUGAUUAACACGUCAUAUUAUAAUUUUGUAUUUGUUAGGAUGCAAGCCCUUUUACAACUUUUUUUUAUAUAUAUGAAAGAAAAUAUUAAAAUUUAA